UUUUGUUUUUUGUGAGCAAUGGUUUUCUAUAACAAAUGUAAGAUCUUUGGACCGGUAUGCUGCACAACUAUAUCUGACCUAAAGUUCAUGCUUAAAUGAGGCUGGAGUUGUGGUUAGGGUUGGGAGUAUCAAUUAAUAACUUUUUACAAAAAUGGCAUUCACGUGGAGUGAAUUUGUUGCUGGUGGCGCCUCAGGUAUUGCUGGGACUGUUGUUGGCCACCCAUUUGACACGGUCAAAGUUCGUUUACAGAACCAAGGAACUGUGACGCGGUAUAAAAGUGGUUUUGAAUGUUUCAUGCGUAUUGCAAGGGAGGAGUCUACAUUUGGGUUCUUCAAGGGCAUGAUAUCACCACUGUGUGGUGCAGUACUAUCCAACUCUUUUUUAUUUGGAAUUGAAGACAAUAUAUUAGAAUUGAUUGGUGGUGCCAGUACUACUAAUCAUUUUAUAGCUGGCUCAAUAUCUGGAUUAGUUUGUACAUCAUUUAUAUGUCCCCUGGACUUGGCUAAAAUCAGGCUCCAAAUGCAAGGUAUCGGAACAAAACAAGUUGCGCAAUCACAGAAACAUUACAAGAACUCAUUACAAGCGAUUUAUAAGAUAUUCAAAUCGGAUGGAUUGCAAGGUUGUUAUCGUGGAAUAGGGAUCAAUUUAAUACGGGAUAUUCCAUCAACCGGUCUGUACUUUUGUGCUGAUCAUUACCUUUCAAGUCUAAUUGCAUCAUACACACCAGGGAACAAGGCUUCCACUGUAUGGUUGUUCUUUGCCGGAGGACUUGCAGGUUCACUGUCUUGGUUGUCCAUCUACCCUUUAGACGUAAUCAAGUCCCGCUGGCAAGCUGAUGGUGUUGGCCAUAUGAGGCUUUAUUCAAGCUACCUGGAUUGCCUAUUACAAUGCACACGGAAAGAGGGCUGGAGCAUUUUAUUUAAAGGAGUGACAGUCACAAUGUUAAGAGGAAUCCCAGUCAAUGGUGCAAUUUUUGUUGUUUACAAGUAUGUGAAACAGCUGUUAACUCAAAGUGGGUAUUCAACAGUCUGAAGUAUUAACUCAAGAUCAACUCGACCCCAUAUUUUUGGAUACUCCGAGUUGGUAUGGGGCAAUCUGGGGGCAGCAUUUGGAUCUUUUUAUUGCACAAGAGUUCUUGAUUUUCUAUUCAUUGUUUAACACGCUGCACAAGAGACUUUAAUUGUUAGAUUAUCUUAUUUGUUCAAGCAGGCAAGAGCAUUAUAUUUAUUCUUUUCAUUUCAAAUAAAAUAUCAGUUUUUUUCUAAACAUAAAUGUCAAUCACAGGGAAGACCAUAUACUCAACUUGACAAUUCAUGGAUUGGAAAUGUAUAUUCGCAAAGCUGUUACCUGCACAUCCAGUUAUGGCGACCAUGUGACUGUUUGUACUAUAAUCAUUUCUAUGUAAAGACGUCAAAACAAUGCUUCUCACAGAUGACUAACUUUAGAUUACCAUCUAAAAACUCAGAAUUUGGCUAUCCAGAAAGACAGGCUCCAGAGGGUAAACAUUAUUUGAUAUAAUAAUAAUCUGGUAGAACUGAUUUUAAAGUGUACAAAAUAUCUUUUUUUUUUUUGUCCCCCUUUGAAGCCUGGCUUUAGGGUUGAAGUGCACCCUCACUAAUUAUUACAAAAAUUGUGUGUAGACGAAUAGGCAUACUACCAAUUAAAUAAAUAAUGCCAUAAAACAAUAGUACUUCAAUUGUAGAAAAACAAUUUAUUUUAAUAUAACAGUAUUAUUAAACACAGCACUUUGAAGAGUAAUUUGAGGAUAAUUUUUAGUACAAAGAAAUAAUGAUGAUAAUAGUUAAGGUGAAAUUAUGAGGGAUGGAGAAAUAUUGGUGCUACUAUUAAUUGUAAUGUUUUCAAUGAAAACAAUUUAUUUUAAUGAUAUAUUAUCACACAGUACUUGGUAAUACAAAGAAAUAGUAAUGAAAAAUUAUUUUUAUAUUUUGAAUAUAUUUACUUUCACAGUUUCAGUAAAAUUAUAAGUGAUUUAUAAAACUGUUUAAAUUUAAAAAUUAUAAUGCACGUUCCAUUCUCUAUCAAACAGGUGUUAUUUUCUAAAAAGUAUUUAUAUGCAAUAUAAUAUGAUUCAUGCACCUUUAUUAAUCAUUCUGAACAUGUGACCAUUUAUUCAUGCCCUUGCAGUGGGCAGAUGAGAGUAUAUCUUUAUUUGAAAUGCUUUUGAAACAGCAGCGCACGCUCUUGCGGUGUGUAAUAAAAUGUUACAUGCAUAUA